UCUAGAGAAGUGGAGGUCCCAUCACUUUCUUUCCUUUUCCUGUCUUCCUCCUCAACUCCCAACCAUCAUUAUAUUUACAGAUAAACUACUCCUUCUUCCUGAUUUCUAGUAUAUAUAGACACACAUACACAAACCCUCAAGCACACGUUGUGUUAUUGAUCACAAGCACACAGAGAGAGAGAGAGAUGAGGAGAGAGAGUCAUCCAUUGUUGAGAGGAGGAGGAGGAGGAGAGAGGAAAUACAGACAUGGGUUCACAGAAGGAGAGAUGAAGUCACUGGGAAGCAUAUGUGAGGUUUUGUUGCCUUCUUUGCCUUUGGAGGCUCUUCAAUCUCAGACUCCUCCUUCUAAGCCUCUUUCAUCCUUCUGGGCUUCUUCUGCUUCUCACCAUCCCAUCCCUCAUCUGGUUGCAGAAAAGUUAGCGAAUAGAGGUUUGAUAGAAGCAGUGAUCCUGGUUAGAGUGAUUCUAUGGCUUCUCUCGACAAGGCUAGGCACAUUGUUGCUUUGUGGAUCUCUGUGUUUCAGUGAGAGAUGGCCCUUCCUCAACAAUUUCUCAGGCAUCCCUUUGCACAAACGAGAGAAGGUUGUUCAGAGCUGGCUCCAGCAUCGCUUCCUCACUCCUAUCAGACUCGCUUUUGCUUACGUCAAAGUCUUAUGCCUCUUAGUUUAUUUCUCCUGGGUUGAUGAAAAUGGUGAGAACCCAGCAUGGAAAGCCAUUGGAUAUGAGGUGCCUGCUGAUGAUGAGAAACCAAGCAAUGACUCUAACGUGAGGCCUCUUCAAAAGGGAAUCGUAGAAACCAUUAUGAGUCUGAUUCAACUCUGA